AUGACAGUCACUUUAUUAGACCUCCCCAACGAGUUGUUGCUCCACAUAGCCCGUUUUCUACCCAACCAAGAAGAUGUCAGUGAUUUGAGUCGCGCCAAUCGACUUCUCCACACCGUUCUGGACAGCUAUCUGUAUCAUUAUAACGUGCAUCAUGAUUAUGCUUUCGCCUUGACUUUCGGCGCCUACAUAGGCUGCCGCACGGUGGUCGAGAAAUGCCUGGCCGCAAAACCGCCAAACAUCGACGCACCGCCUUACUGUCUCCCAGGACGAUCCCGGGGCUGGCCUUCGCAUAAUGCUCUUUGCAACGCAAUUACUCGCCAGCAUACCGAUCUAGUGGAACUUCUGCUCGCCUACGGUGCGAGCCCCCACGACGGGUGGCGAGGCAAGCUCACUCCGCUCAUGAUGGCUGCUAAGCACGGCAAUAUAGAGUCGAUGAGAAUGCUCAUUGAGCGGGGCGCCGAUGUCCAUGCCAAAGAUGGACUGCAGCAGACCGCACUUUGCUACGCUGCCGCGAGAGGUGGAGUCGAGUUCAUUCGUUUCCUUCUCGAGCAAGGGGCCGAGGUCAACAUUGCCGGGGAGAAUGGCAAAACUCCAUUUCUUCUUGCUGCAGGUUCAGGUGAUCUCGCAUCAAUGCACGUCCUUCUUGACCAUGGGGCCGAUAUUUCCAUGAUCGAUGCGAGCGGUCGAAAUGCCCUCUGUGCAGCUGCGAAAUCGGGCCAGGUACCUUGUGUGCAAUAUUUACUCGACCAUGGCGCUGAAUGUCAAUUAUCGACCGAUAUGGGCCGAACGGCGCUCUUCGAUGCGAUUCACUACGGCCGGGCUGAGGUCGCUCAAUUUUUACUUGGCCGAGGCGUCAUCCUCGACCGGAAGGAAGAGCUGAUGCAUGCAACAGCGCAGUCUGGCCACCUUGCUUGUUUGGAAAUUGUUCUCCGCCACGGCGUUGAUGUGGAUUGCAAGACUCAGAGUCAGGAAACGUCUUUGUUAUUGGCUGUCCGGUGUGGAUAUCUCAAUGUAGUGGAGCAUCUUGUAGGCGUUGGAGCCGAUAUUAAUUCCCCAGACAUGAAAGGUCAGACGCCGUUAUCUUUGGCUCAUGCAAGAGUGGACAACAGGAUUGAACUACUAUUGCUUGGAAAGAAGAUCCAGUGUCGUCCGCCUUAG